CUACCUUAUUAUUAAUAAUAAUAAUAUUUUUUGAGUCAAAAUUCCUUAUAUAUAUUCAUUCAGUCGUAAAAAAAAUUUUAGUUUGCAGCCUCCAACAAAAAUUCUUUUCUCUCGAAAGAAAAAGUGAUAAGUCUCGCAAAUUCGUUAUGGCUUCAAAGAGGAUUCAGAAGGAAUUGAAGGACUUGCAGAAAGACCCCCCUGCUUCCUGCAGUGCCGGCCCUGUAGGUCAGGAUAUGUUCCAUUGGCAAGCUACCAUAAUGGGUCCAUCUGACAGUCCAUUUUCUGGGGGUGUUUUCCUUGCAUCUAUCCAUUUCCCUCCAGAUUAUCCAUUCAAGCCCCCAAAGGUCUCUUUCAAAACCAAGGUUUUCCACCCAAACAUCAACAGUAAUGGUAGUAUUUGUCUUGAUAUCCUAAGGGAACAAUGGAGCCCUGCUCUUACUGUAUCCAAGGUGCUGCUUUCUAUUUGCUCUUUGCUUACUGAUCCCAAUCCAGAUGAUCCUUUAGUGCCAGAGAUUGCUCACAUGUACAAGACGGAUAGACCGAAGUAUGAGAGUACUGCCAGAUCAUGGACCCAGAAAUAUGCAAUGGGUUGAACACAUCUGUUUCUACUUUCAUGAAUAUCAUCGAACCUUUAUGCUAUAGUAGUAAAUAAACUUAGGCAUGGUGCACAAUUUAUAGAUAUUGGUGUUUCUUGUUCUCUGGUAUUCUGCCUUUUAAGUUUUUGACUGGUUAACGAUUAAUUAUUUGGUGAAAGUUUAAGAUAUGUUUUUGUUGACA